UUCAGUUCAGUCUGAAGGUUCUGACACGGGUACGAGCAGACGCGAUGGGACUCACGAGCGACCCGAACUUCCAGAAUCUGGAGAAAUGGUUCAAAUCAGACGCUGCGAAUCUGAACAUGAGGAAGAUGUUUGAGGCAGAUAAAGACAGGUUCAAAAAGUUCAGCUUAACUUUGAAAACAGAUGAAGGAGAAAUUCUGCUGGAUUUCUCCAAAAACCUCAUAAAUGAAGAAGUUAUGAAGAUGCUUGUGGAUCUGGCAAAUUCUCGUGGUGUGCCGGCUGCCAGAGACAAGAUGUUUUCAGGAGAAAAGAUCAAUUUCACUGAGGGUCGUGCUGUUCUUCACGUGGCUUUAAGGAACCGUUCAAACUCUCCCGUUAACGUGGACGGUAAGGAUGUGAUGCCGGAGGUCAACAAGGUCCUGGAGAAGAUGAAGAACUUCUGUCAGAAAGUACGUGGUGGAGAAUGGAAGGGUUACACGGGCAAAGCCAUGACUGAUGUUGUCAACGUUGGCAUCGGUGGAUCUGAUCUGGGUCCACUGAUGGUGACGGAGGCUCUGAAGCCGUAUUCUAAAGGUGGACCCCGGGUCUGGUUCGUGUCCAACAUCGAUGGAACUCACAUCACUAAAACUCUGGCCGAACUCAACCCUGAGACCACGCUCUUCAUCAUCGCAUCAAAGACGUUCACGACUCAGGAGACGAUCACAAACGCAGAAUCGGCGAAGGAAUGGUUCCUGCAGGCCGCUAAAGACAAAGCUGCCGUUGCCAAACACUUUGUGGCCCUCUCCACCAAUGCCCCUAAAGUGAAGGAGUUCGGCAUCGACACAGAGAACAUGUUGGAGUUCUGGGAUUGGGUUGGUGGCCGAUAUUCUCUGUGGUCCGCCAUUGGAUUAUCAAUCGCUCUUCAUAUCGGAUUUGAGAACUUCGAGAAGCUUUUGGCCGGAGCUCAUUGGAUGGACACACAUUUUCGUACAGCACCGUUGGAUCAGAACGCGCCGGUGCUGCUCGCCCUGCUGGGCAUCUGGUACAUCAACUUCUUCCAGGCGGAGACGCACUGCCUUCUGCCCUACGAUCAAUACAUGCAUCGCUUUGCUGCCUAUUUCCAGCAGGGUGAUAUGGAGUCUAAUGGAAAGUACAUCACAGUGGACGGUGGGCGUGUAAACUAUCACACCGGCCCCAUCGUGUGGGGUGAACCAGGAACCAACGGACAGCAUGCCUUCUACCAGCUGAUACAUCAAGGAACUCGUAUGGUCCCUGCUGACUUCCUCAUUCCUGCUCAGAGCCAACAUCCAAUCAGAAACAACCUUCACCAUAAGAUUCUGGUGGCAAAUUUCCUGGCACAGACUGAAGCUCUGAUGAAGGGAAAAACCACAGAGGAGGCCAAGAAAGAGCUGGAGGCCGGAGGUCUGAGCGGAGACACACUGGAGAAAAUUCUGCCACAUAAAGUGUUCCAGGGAAACAAGCCGACCAAUUCAAUCAUCUUUGGAAAGUUGAGUCCAUACACACUUGGUGUUCUGAUCGCCAUGUACGAACACAAGAUCUUCAUUCAAGGUGUCAUGUGGCAGAUCAACAGUUUUGAUCAGUGGGGUGUGGAACUCGGGAAACAGCUGGCAAAGAAAAUCGAACCCGAGCUUCAGGACUCAGCGGAGGUCACGUCUCAUGAUUCCUCCACCAACGGCCUCAUCAACUUCCUCAAGAAGAAUUUUGCUUGAACGCUGAAUGAAGUCGUCUGCAGCAUCACCAGGAAGCAAAUCCUGCAACCUUCAAUGUGAAGAGUGAUUCCAACGGCAAAGUAUGCAAAAAAAUCAUUUUCUCACUCCACCUGCUUGAUGUUAUGGCAGAAUCACAAUAGAAAUAUCCCAGAGAAACAAUAGUGAUAAAGAUGAAGAUUAGACACCAUGACAAAACAGAACUACAUUUUGGCUGAAGUUGAUCACUAAUGAUAUCAAUAACUUAAUCUAAUGUUGGGUAUUAAAAAAUAUAUACACAAUGUUUAGAAUAUUAAAAGCUCAGAUUGUUGUAAAAGUGUACAGGGGAUCUUCAAAUGAAAUAAGGGUUGGGAAUCACUGGUCUAGAUAAAAAAUGUGAAAAACUUUCCUGUCUUCCUAUUUCCUACUAAUGUUCAAAGACAGAGUUUUAAAGAACUGUAUAUUUAACGAUAUAUAAUGAUGAUAGGCACUUAUGUUUGUUGCACUUAGGAUUUUACAAAUUAUAAAAUGGCAAAAGAAAAGAUUUGACUGGUUUAAGUAACAGAACAUGAUUCACUGAACAUGCUGGGGUUUAUUUUCCCAACAAUAAAUAUUUUUCCUUUUGCACAACA